GUCAGUGUUCUUGGUGCUAUUGCUAGACGCCAAGUUCUCAAAUGUGCUGAGCAGAUGCACUUUGUUGUAUCCAUGGUGUGGACAAUCUCGCUGGGUGCUUGGCAACCAUCAUUGAACAUCUCUACAGUGCUGACUAGCAUUCGAUUGUUGCUUACUGAACCCAAUCCUGAUGAUGGCUUGAUGUGUGAAGUUAGCAGGGAGUACAAAUACAAUAGACAAGCUUUCGAUUAUAAGGCCCGGGAGAUGACAGAGAAGUAUGCUGUCAAGGUUUACAAGUCUGGUGUUGAUGGAAGCAGCACCAGCCUCCAAAUUCAGGAAACACCUAUCGCAGCCGAGAGUCAUGGAAAUGACAAGGUUUCUGAAAGUGGAAUUAGUGUUUUAGCUCGAAAUCACGAAAAGCCUGAUGGGAUUAAGCCGAACUUAGCAGUGGAAUCUUCGUUGAGCAUGACAUAUAAAGAGAGUCGUAACACUGAUCAACAAAUGGAUGGUAAUGGGAAAAGAAAAGCAGUGAUUGGUUUCUACGAGGCAAACACAUCUGGUAACAACGGAGGGAGCAGGAAGAAACUAUCUCUAGCAUUGCCUCCUCAAUCUCAAAAGAAAGACUUGUGCAGUGAACAACUCACACAUGAAGUUUCAGCUGUCUGUAAAGAAAACAAGAAGCCAUAUUCAAUUGUGAAGAAGCUUUCUCUGGGGUUAAAGAAGCCAUUGGUUAAUGCAGCAUCAUUUAAUAAUAACUUGGCCUCUUCGGGUGUUCGAUCAUCUGCUGCAAAGAGUGACAACAAUAGACUAAGCAGAAAACUGUCCUUGAGACCUCUUGGAGAGUCACAGUUGAAUGAAGUUAGCAAAGCAGAGGUACUUGCGCAAACUGAAAUGAAUCAGAAUCAAGAUGUGACAAGUUGGGGACGAGAGUUUGAGAAUUCGGCCUUGGAAGAAGCAUCAAUGCCUGAAUCCAUUGUUGUUCUAGACAGCGAAGAAAGUGGAGGAGAAGAGGAAGAAGCAACAGUCGCUUCGAGGUCAAGAUUAUUACUGGCAAGGAGAGGAAGCCUCAAGUGUGGUAAACCUUGAAAAAACUGUUUUGUUUUAUUUGGAUCGAAUCAAGAUUGCAUGUUGAAUAUCAAGCAUAGGAUUUAUUAUAUUUAUCCUUGAAAUACAAAAUGAGUGUAGUCUAAAGAAUUGAUGACGAUACAUUUUUUUAAAAUGGAAAUUAGAUUAGAAUAGUGA